AUGGAUAUUAACGAGUGUCAGGGCCCGAGCCCGGCAGACUGCGGACGCAACGCAUACUGCGCCAACGUGGCUGGGAGUUACCACUGCAUCUGCAGUGAUGGCUACGAGUCCAGCUCUGGGAAAGCCAACUUCAUGCACGCGAGUGAGAGCACCUGCCAGGAUAUUGACGAGUGUCAGGGCCCGAGGCCGGCAGACUGCGGACCCCACGCAAACUGCACCAAUGCGCCUGGGAGUUACUACUGCACCUGCAUCGAUGGCUACGAGCCCAGCUCUGGGAAAGCCAAGUUCACACACGCGAGUGAGAACACCUGCCAGGACCCCAGCAUUAACUUCAGCGCUGAGUACGAGGAAAGCGAAGAGAAUUUCUCUCCGUGGGAGAGUUACCCACUGACCAUCAUCAAAUACGUCGGACUGACCCUGUCACUGCUGUGCCUCUUGCUCGCCAUCCUCACCUUCCUCCUGUGCCGCUCCAUCCGCAACGUCAGCACCUCCCUCCACCUGCAGCUCUGCCUCUGCCUCUGUGUGUUCCACGGGUUUAUCUUCAACACGAUGCCCGAGAGCGACAAUGAGGUGGCGUGUGCUGUCAUUGCUGCGCUCCUACACUUCCUCUUCCUGGCCUGCUUCUCCUGGAUGUUCCUGGAGGGGCUGCACCUCUUCCUCACCGUCAGGAACCUGCAGGUCGUGAAUUGCACCAGCUCCAGCUGGUUCAUUAAGAGAUUCAUGUACCCGUUCGGAUACGGCUUCCCAGCCCUGGUGGUGGCUAUUUCUGCAGCAGUGAAUCACAAAGGCUACGGAGAUUACACAUGGUGCUUUCUCAGCUCGGACAGCGGCUUUCAUUGGAGCUUCCUGGGUCCAGUCUGUGCCAUAAUCCUGAUAAAUAUAACGUUCUUUGCCCUAACUCUGUGGAUCCUCAGAAAAACACUCUCCUCCCUCAAUGCAGAUGUGUCCACCCUCAGAGACCACAGGUUACUGACCUUUAAAGCCAUUGCACAGUUUUUCAUUCUGGGCUGCCCAUGGAGCCUUGGUUUCCUCGAAGUCGGCCCAGCAGCGAUGGUCAUGCGGUAUGUAUUCUUCAUUGUCAUCAGCCUGCAGGGACCCUUCAUCUUCCUGGUGCACUGUCUCCUCAAUCGCCAGGUGAGAGAGGAGUACAGGAGAUGGAUCAAGGGAUUCCGAACGUCCAGCACAAAAUCUCAGACAUCCGAUCUAUCCAUGUCUGCUGUCCCCACCACCAGCACCAAGACGGUAAGAGGUCCUCUGCUCUGUUCCAAUACCAGCCUGUGA